AUCAUAGAAAAUUUCGGCCAAAGUUCUCCCGUUCCCACUGGGAGAGAGUCAGAGAGAUAAGGGAAAGAAAAUUCUGAUCCUUCCUCUUCUUCUUCUUCUUCUUCUUCUUCUUCUUCUUCUUCAUGUGUUUCGUCUGGUUCAUUAAUGGUGUUUUAGUCCAUGCUUAAUCAUUCGUUGAUAUUGAUAAAAAUUGCGCAAUAUUAAGCUCAAAGAAGACAUGAGCCAUCACCACACGCAGCACCACCAUCAUAACACCAGCGAUGACGUUUCUCUGCUGGUGCAUAGUCCCCGGUUCUCGGGUCCCGUGACUCGACGGGCUCACUCGUUCAAGCGCAGUGGAAACACCCAGAACACCGCUGGCAGCAACAACAGCGGCGCCGGCAACAACGGCAACGGGAAUAGUUUGAGUGUUCAUCACGAGAUUGAUCUACAAUUGAACUCGCCGAGAUCUGAGGGGAGACCCAACUCGGUGUCGGCUGAUGGGUUGAGCCAGAGGGUUCAUGGGGGUGUGGUUAAGAGUCUGCUGAGGAAGCCCGGUGUUGGAUCUAUGGUGUUCGAGUUGGGUUUGAGGGAGACGAGGAAGCUCCGGCACUGGAUGUUCUUUGCGUUUUGUGGGGUGUGCUUGUUUUUGGGUGUUUUCAAGAUUUGUGCUACUUGGUGGUUGGGAUCGACGAUUGAAAGUGUUGCCUCGAAUCAGGUUCUUACACAGUCAUCAUCACAAACGUUGCAGGAAUUAGAAUAUGUUUUUCUGUUGUUGUUAGGAAUUGACUGCGUCUUGAAUGGUGUUGAACUGCUCCUACAUCAUACCGUUAUCAAUACAAGAAUGAAAAAAAUGUAAUUUUAAUACGCAGGAAUUUGGUGAAACUUAAUUGCAUGAUCUCAGCCUUCGUGGUUGUAUUAAAUUUGAUAUUAAGAUUUAAGACACAAGCAAAGCUUUUCCUUGGUAAUGUAUUGUUUACCAUUACUGGUUGGUUGUCUACUAUCAUAGGGUCUUUCUGUUUAGUCAUCUUUG